GAGUGUGUGAGUGUGUUAGAGAGAUAGAGAGCGUCCAGUGGAGCCAUGAAACUAACUAACGGCUCGGUUACUUAUUAACCCGUGUCCGGCGCAACAACCCCGGUACAUAAGGCAUGCGCAGCGGCGUGGAGGCCGGAGGCUACCGGGGACCGUCCGUGCAGGAAGGUGAUCACUGGACGACGAUCUGACCCCAUACACGUGUUCCUUGUAACACGAUCGCUCAGCUACAGAGACCUUUAAAUACAUUUCAGGGUCCACGUGGUGUAAAGUGAGCCAGUACAACUGUCCAGAGCUGCUCGGGACAUUGCUGCCAAGUAAGUGCCUUUUUUUUGUCACACCAAAAGAGAAGCGAGACGUGGAUCGCUUCUCAGACGUUCAGAUCCUCCCCCGACUUAAAUACGGCAGUGAAGUUCUUCUAAGCAGAUUGUAAAAUGUACCCUCCUCUUAUCGGUUGGCCUUAAAAAAAAAAGAAGAAGGAGAAACGGCUGUGGUGAAUGGGGAACGUAAUUUGUAUGCUACCGAAGUUCAGGCAGGAUCUUAUGCAAAGCCUGGAGAGGGCUAAAGCACCUGCCUCUUUUACUCAACCUGUAGAGCGCGAAUUAUAAACCCGAGGAGCCGAGGAGCCACGUUUUGGAUGGGAUAAGUGGACACUGUAGAUCAGGUCAAGCACCGAUUGAAACUUAAAACUACAAGCGUCCUUCGUUUCUUCUGAUACGACACACGACUUCAAGGCUUCCGCAUGGUCCUCUGGUCGAAAGAGCAAGACAAACUGCCCGACAUGUCCACAGGGACGGAAAUCAUAGAGGUGAAGAAGGACUUCAUCUCUUCGAAUGGCUCGGUACACCCGGUCAUCCUGGCUGCAGGAGCUGAGGAGAGGCAGCCGAGCGGCGGCGAGUAUGAGCUCACCGAGGUGACGUCUUUGCCGGAGCAACCCGAGGCGGAAAACGAGCGGACGGAAGUGGUGGUGAUCGACUGUCGCGCCAACGCCAAGGGUCAGAGGGAAGAGGACGCUCUGCUGGAGAACGGCAGCCAAAGCAACGAGAGCGACGACACGAGCACGGACCAAAGCCCGGUACCACCAGUUCCUCUAAAGGAGACGUCUUUUUCCAUAGGACUGCAGGUCGUGUUCCCUUUCCUGCUGGCCGGGUUUGGGACGGUGGCGGCCGGGAUGGUCCUGGACAUAGUUCAACACUGGAAGGUGUUCUCCGAGGUGAACGAGGUCUUCAUCCUGGUGCCUGCUCUUCUGGGCCUGAAGGGGAAUCUGGAGAUGACUCUGGCCUCCAGACUGUCCACCGCAGCUAAUAUUGGACAGAUGGACACAGCCAAGGAGAUGUGGAAAAUGAUCAUGGGAAACCUCGCACUAAUUCAGGUUCAGGCCACGGUGGUUGGGUUUCUAGCCUCCAUCGCAGCAGUCAUUUUCGGCUGGAUCCCAGAGGGCCAAUUCAAGAUAGGUCAUGCUGUACUGCUGUGUGCAAGCAGCGUAGCUACAGCCUUCAUCGCUUCCUUGCUGCUCGGCCUUAUCAUGAUCGGCGUGAUCAUCGGCUCCAGAAAGGUUGGCAUCAACCCGGACAACGUAGCCACGCCCAUCGCAGCCAGUCUCGGAGACCUGAUUACUCUGGCGUUGCUGUCUGGCAUCAGCACUGGACUCUACCAGGAGCUGGAUUAUAACGAUUAUGCCAAUCCACUAGUCUGUGUCUUUUUCAUCGCCUUGACACCCAUCUGGAUCCUGAUUGCACGGCGAAUCCCCUCCACUCGAGAGGUGCUCUAUUCAGGGUGGGAGCCUGUGAUUAUCGCCAUGGCAAUCAGCAGUGUCGGAGGCCUCAUCCUGGACAAGACCGUGUCCAAUCCCAACUACGCUGGUAUGGCGGUGUUUACUCCGGUCAUUAACGGUGUGGCAGGUAACCUGGUGGCGGUGCAGGCCAGUCGCAUCUCCACAUACCUGCACAUGAACGGCCUCCCCAUCACCGAGCCAAAUCCGCCACCUCAGAAAUGCCCCACGCCGUGCAGCACAUUCUUAGGCUCAGGCGUGAAUUCCCGUUCUGCCCGAGUGCUCUUCCUCCUGGUGGCUCCUGGUCACCUUGUUUUCCUGUACACCAUCAGCUUAAUGCGGGCCGGACACACCACCCUCACCUACAUCUUCAUCGCUGUUUACCUGACCGCUGCCUUGCUCCAGGUGAUGAUCCUGCUGUAUCUGGCUGACUGGAUGGUGCAGUGGAUGUGGAAGCGAGGGAUGGAUCCCGAUAACUUUUCCAUUCCCUACCUAACGGCCUUGGGCGACUUGCUAGGCACGGGCUUCCUGGCUCUGUGUUUCCACAUCCUGUGGAUGAUCGGCGAUAGAGACACAGACGUGGGUGACUGAAAGGCUUUGCUGAAGACCCGCGGGAAACCUCACAAGCCUUUAUUUAUCAAAAACGAACCAACAAAAAACCAUCACAAUGAGAUCUGCGAUAUUAUGGCUAUAAUAGCCACUAUGAUUAUAAUAAUAACUUGUAAUAUUAUUGCUGAAGUAGUGGUAUGUAAUGAUUAUUACAUUAUUGCUUAUCUUCUCAUGGGAGAAGAGAAAUCCUCAUUAUUUUUCAAUGGGGAUGUUCUGCCCCCCCUUUAUUAUUGCUCAGAGGUGUUGGCAGCAACGUGGCGGGGUUUUAAAAAAAGGUCGAAGUUUUCACUAAAAUUAGGAUGUUCAGACACACUAUGUGUAAGUGAUAUAAAUGAAGCAAUUAGUGGAAGUUUUCAGACCACAGCAAAGUGACCUUGAGUAUGCGUUGAUUACCUCUUAGGUUCCUCAUUAAUCUUUGAAAAGUUGGAUAACUGGAACGUUCUUCUUUUUUUUUAAUCUCUGAGCGAUCAGCAAGCACGCUUAGCUCGCAGACGACAGAAUGAAUCAGAAAAAUAGAACAAAUUUUUUUUUUUUGUUUUUGUUGUUGUACCAAGACCGAAAUGAAAACUGUUAAGCUCUAAAAUUGUUCAAGACAAGGCUAGAAGUCUGAAUUCAGCAAGUCACCAAGCUGCACGUGCAGCAGUUUAAUCUAAGAUCAGAUCAAGAUCAUAUAGCUCACCUUCACCAGGUAUUAUAAAAUAAGGUUAAACAUGCCUGCUGCUAAUAAUAGCUCCUGUACUGUACGAAUAGAGGAAUAAAUGCACCACAUACGGUUAGCCACUUCACUUUGAGGCAGAGUCAGGGGAUCCUGAGCAGGUCAAAUAACGCUGUGCUUUUUUUUUUUUUUUGGAUUCUUUGCGAGCAUGUAACAUUUUUCUAUUAAACUGUUGUUUUAAUAACCUUGCUACGAAACUUAGAAGGGCUAAUUUGUAAUGCGGAUCCGACGCAUGA